UCCAAUCCACUCCACAGUCCACAUCCCUACCCUAUCCAUAUCCAUCAUCCAUCUCCAUCUCCAUCACAUCACAACAAAACAACAAACAAAAACAAAAAACCCCUAAUUAACUGGAUGAUAAAGAGCCUAAAUAAAGUUGAAGCCCAAUAACUUUUUGUAGAGGACGCCUUCAAUUACUAAUUUAGCAAACAGCCCUCGUAAGUCGUACUCGUAACCACUUUAAAUGAAGAUUAACGAAAAGAACUUAGCUGCAUUUGCAACAUCAGCUACACCCGUUGAUCGAGAAGGCUGGUUGGUUAAAAGAGGAGAUGUUAAUAAAGGAUUCCAGAGACGAUGGUUUGUUUUAAAAGGAAAUUUGUUGUUCUACUUUGAAAAGCGAGGUGAUAAGGAACCUGUUGGAGUUGUUGUGCUAGAAGGAUGUACAAUUGAGCUUGCAGAGGAUGAGGAACAGUUCAGUUUCAAGAUAGUGUUUCAUGGACCCGGCAACCGCAGCUAUGUGCUUGGUGCAGAGACUCAAGAGUCCAUGGAGCAAUGGAUGAAAGCUCUGGCGUGUGCUAGCUACGACUAUAUGAAACUAAUGGUUGCUGAUCUGCAGAGACAGCUGGACGAGAUGGAAGAGAACAUCCCAGUAUCAACAGAAGUGUUGGGGGGACCGUCGCCUCAACCCCCUCCUCGUAUGAGACACAACCCGUUCAACCGAGGACCGACCAAUGGCUCAGCGACACACCACACCAGGUCCAACAGUGUACGGUCAGCCCCGGCGCGCGCAGAUAAUACCAGGCCCGAGAACACUGGCAGGCAUCGAAUAACAUUCAGAGAGUUGCACACUGCUUAUGGUCGACCGAUUUUAACUGACAGAAAUGAGUGGCGUCAUCGACAGAAACAGGAGCUAGAGAAAAAACAAGUCUCACUGAUAUCCUUAUGAACUUACACUUAUACAAUCUUACGUCAUUAUAUUCUAAUAAGUAUUUAUUUAAAAAUUAUAUAAUGUUCUUAAAGUCUACAUUGUACAAUUUAAAAAUUUGUUUAAACCUGUUUGAAAUCCAUCACCUGUAUUAGAAAAACUUAUGUUUUAAAACAAUUCGGCCAAAUAUUAAAUUGUGACAAAUCAACAAUCCAACCCACAGGCUGUUGGGCAUGGGAUAAUGUCUAAUAUUGUUUUCUUAGCAAUAGGUUUAUUACAAUUUGAAAACAAAAAAUUGAAAUACUAUCUUUCAACAAGUUAUGUUAGUUAUGUUACUAUUGACAUCAAUUUAUUAAGUAAGCAAAAUGGAACUUUGUACGGUAUUCAAAUUAAAAUCAUUUUUAGCAUUACUAAAAUAACAAUUUAAAAUUGUAUGAGACCCUAGUGAGAAAUAUAAAUCAAUUCAUUCUAACAUCUGACCCAUUUAACAUUUCUAGUUUGUAUACAUCUUGAUUGCAUUUAAUCUUUUGACUCAUUCCAGACCAAAAAAUCAGGUAUGUCUAGAUUGAGCAGACCGUCUGAUAUCGAGAUUCCACUGUAAAGUUAAAUGGUUAAACUCAACUAAUACACUGCAAUUAUUAUUUUAGAAUCAAUUAACUAUUCUAAUCAAUUAAAGCUCAUUCAUUUCACCUAGAACAUAUUAAUAUUUGUAUGUAAUCACUCAAAUUUUAGAUUCGAGAGUUCAGCUAGAGAGCACAAGCAUUUUAGUAGGUUUGUUGUUUAUAUAGCCUACAAUAUUGUAACUCAACCAGGGUGCUGAAUCUAUUAACUGUAUUAUAUAGAUACAGUAUCAGUAGGCAGAGCUGCUAUGAUGGUUAAUCACUGGGACGCUUUAAAAAUAAAACAUACAUAAUUCAUUAUAAUUUAAUUAUAUGUGUGUUUUACCUACACUGGGAUUUUGCACCCUUGUAUUCUUAGUACCGUAUCUAUUUGUCUAAUAAAGCAUGUGACACACUGCUGAAAUCUUACGAUGGUUUUUACCCGACACCAAGACACCUUUAGUACCAUCGCUUACCUUUGUGAUUAGAAACCUUACAUAAAAUGUUCAUAAUGGAUAGAAGGGAGCAGGUGACAAUGGUGACAUCUCUAGUUCUCUUAGCCUUGACAAGCAAUCAUAGCAGCCCUGUCUUAAAGGUGUAUAAGUGACCUAGAUUUUAGAACAAACCCAAAAAAUUUACUUCAGAGAAUAGAGAAACAGAGAAAAUAUAAUGUUAUAUUUUGUUAUAUAGAAAUUACCAUAGUGUAGGUUACCUUGAAUGUACAAGGACAAUAAAAUGUACCAAAGAUUAAA